AUGCUGGAUCAAUUUUCAAAGUUAACUAUCGAUACUGAUUUAAGACAUGUGGAUAUGGCCAGUCGAGAUCUCCAUGAUCAGUACCUGAAGACGCCAAGCAGCAGUAAUUCAAAUCUACAUAGAAGCCCUUCGUCUUCUUCACAGUACACCAAUAUUAAUGCUGAUUUACAAGCAAGGGUAAAAGCCUUCCAGGAACAAAGAGCCUUGAAGAGGUCUGCAAGUGUUAAAAGUAAUAGAAGUAUACCAGAAUCUUUGGAAUCAAGUAUUUCUUCUCAUAAUUUACAAAAUAAACAAGUUCCAUUCGAUUUAAAUAUGGAUACUCAAUUUGAAGUGUCUGUAAAUGAUAGUUCGAUGUGUUUGUCACCUCAAAGCAAUAAAAGUAGCUUGAUAAGUCUAACUGAUAGUUAUAAUUUAGUCAAAGCUGGUGCAAAUAAUUCAGAAUCUUCGAUCGAUUUCGAACUAUCUCCUCAUUAUACUAGAGAAACAAUUGCAACUUUAGAAGAUGAAGAUAACAUAAUAGAACCACAUAUAAUGCAGAAUAUUGUCGCAAAACAAUUAAACCCAAGUAGAAUUGCCCCCAAAAAGCCUGCUUCAAAUCAAGAUUCUUUAAAAGAAACAGCCAAUUCCCCUAUUGACCCCAAAAAACAGCUUCAAAGUUUAAGUGCUAGAAGAGGAUUGAAAUUACCUUUGGAUAAGCUGUCUCUAACAUUAUUGAAUAAAUCUUCAACUGGCAACCAAACUCAAGGACAAGAUUCUAAUUUUCAAUUGGCUUCCAAUCAAAGUGUUAUAAGCCGUAGCAAUUUUGUCAAUUCAAAUGCAAAUGUGGGGUCUUCACAAAAUGGUAUUCAAAUCACUUCAACAUCUUCAUCGAAUCUUAAAAAAUCAAAUGAUGAAGAUGGAUUUAACAAAAAUGAUUCAACUGUGAAAACAAAAUCUAAAACUUUAUCUGGUGUCCCUAGUGGUCUAUUCGCCAAUUUUGCAAAAUAUAUUGACGUUAAAUCAGGUUCACUAAAUUUUGCUGGUAAACUUUCCUUAUCUUCUAAAGGUAUUAAUUUUAGCAAUGGCGGGAGUUCAAAUAUUUCAAUAGAUGAGUUGGAAUUUUUAGGUGAAUUGGGAAAUGGUAAUUACGGUACGGUGUCCAAGGUUUUACAUAAACCAACUAAUGUCAUCAUGGCCGUGAAGGAAGUUAGAUUAGAAUUAGAUGAAUCAAAAUUCAGACAAAUUCUAAUGGAAUUGGAAGUACUUCACAAAUGCAAUUCUCCAUAUAUAGUUGAUUUCUAUGGAGCAUUUUUUGUAGAAGGUGCAGUUUAUAUGUGUAUGGAAUAUAUGGAUGGUGGUUCAUUAGAUAAAAUUUAUGAUUCGUCUAAAGAAGUUGGAGGUAUUGAUGAACCUCAGCUUGCUUAUAUUACCGAAUCCGUAGUAAGAGGGUUAAUGGAAUUGAAAGAUAAACAUAACGUAAUACACAGGGAUGUUAAACCUACAAAUAUAUUAUGUUCGGCUUCUCAAGGUACCAUAAAGUUAUGCGAUUUUGGUGUUUCUGGAAAUCUUGUGGCAUCAUUAGCAAAAACAAAUAUUGGCUGUCAAUCUUAUAUGGCGCCAGAAAGGAUAAGGUCUGCUAAUCCGGAUAUGAAUACAUAUAGUGUACAGUCUGAUAUUUGGUCUUUGGGUUUGAGUAUAUUAGAGAUGGCGCUUGGUAGCUAUCCAUAUCCACCAGAGACCUACGAUAACAUAUUUUCACAAUUGAGUGCCAUUGUAGAUGGCCCACCACCAAAUUUACCACAAGAUAGAUUUAGUAAAGAAGCUCAGGAUUUUGUCUCUUUAUGUUUACAAAAAGUCCCAGAGAGAAGACCAACAUACACAUCAUUAUUAAGACAUCCAUGGUUAAUGAAAUACAGGACAGAAAAUUAUAAAAUUUCAAAUUAUAUCUCGGACAGACUUGAUAAGAAGAAAAAUGAUCUAAAUGAGAUUGAUUCUACUAAGCCACAACCGGCUCUCCAUAGAGGAGGAUUGUAA